AUGGGAGAACACCCUCUGUCUGAGCUGAAACACUUGUCAGACUCUGGAUAUAAGAAAUGUUCUACAAAGAAGAAAAAUGUGGACUCAGGAAGGAAAGUACAGAAAGGAGGGAAGCUUAGCUGUGAUGACUGUGGCAAAACAUUUAUUAGAAAAUCAGCUUUAAACAGACACAUGAGAAUCCACACAGGAGAGAAGCCUUUCUGUUGUGAUCUAUGUGGACAAAGCUUUAGCCUCAAACAUAAUUUAAACAAACACAUGACAAUCCAUACAGGACAGAAGCCUUUCUGUUGUGAUCUAUGUGGACAAAGCUUUAGCCAGAAAUCACAUUUAAAGAACCACAUGAGAAUCCAUACAGGAAAAAAGCCUUUUUGUUGUGAUCUAUGUGGGCAAAGAUUUAAUCAAAAAGUAAAUUUAAACAAACACAUGAGAAUCCAUACAGGACAGAAGCCUUUCUGUUGUGAUCUAUGUGGACAAAGAUUUAAUCAAAAAGUACAUUUAAACACACACAUGAGAAUCCAUACAGGAGAGAAGCCUUUUUGUUGUGAUCUAUGUGGAAAAAGAUUUAGCCGCAAAUCUACUUUAAAGACACACAUGAGAAUCCAUACAGGAGAGAAGCCUUUCUGUUGUGAUCUAUGUGGACAAAGAUUUAAUCAAAAAGUUAAUUUAAACACACACAUGAGAAUCCAUACAGGACAGAAGCCUUUCUGUUGUGAUCUAUGUGGACAAAGGUUUAGUCAAAAAUCUAGCUUAAACAAGCACAGAAGAAACCAUACAAUGCAAGAAAUGGCAAGUUUUUUUGUAUAGCACAUUUCAGUACAAGGACACGUCAAAGGGCUUUACAUAAAUAAAAUAAAAACAGAAACAAAUUGGACUACAAAUUUAAAUGUUUCAGUUA